AUGGCUACCUCAUCACAAUCACCGGAUACCAUUUCGUUAAAUUCAUGCAACAUGCUAAACUUUGGUGACUUGUACUCUAUAUUCUGCGAUCGCGGGGCAAAGAAAGUUGAACACCAGAUUGAAGUCGGCCGAAUCAAGGAGGAAAUGGGUCACAAUUUGGUGAUUACCAAGGUCGAUGCGCUCGUUAUGCAACGUCGUUUAGAGUAUACUGAGAAAAAGGUGCAUUAUUUAACUGUUUUUGUGGUGGGACUGGUGUUGGUGAUGUUUGGUUUCCUGGUGGACAAAGUUCACUAUCUAAUGAACAAGUGA